CACCGAGUAGUGCGAAACUGAAAGCAGAAUCAGAUCAAAGGAAGAAAGACAAACUGAGCCAAAAGCCAGAGUUCCAUUGCAACUGGCCUCGGCUUCAUCGUCUCAUUCAGAAAUCUCCAUCUUAAUCCGAUAAUUAUUCCUCUGUUGGAAACGAAAACCAGAGAUCUCUGCGGGUAUGGCACCGACGUCAGCUCUGGCGAAGUACAAGCUGGUCUUUCUUGGAGACCAGUCUGUUGGAAAAACCAGUAUCAUUACACGCUUCAUGUACGACAAAUUCGAUAAUACGUAUCAGGCUACAAUUGGUAUCGAUUUUCUCUCAAAAACUAUGUAUCUUGAAGAUCGCACUGUUCGGCUGCAGUUGUGGGACACUGCUGGACAGGAAAGAUUCAGAAGUUUAAUACCAAGCUAUAUCAGGGACUCAUCUGUCGCGGUCAUCGUUUAUGAUGUUGCAAGCCGGCAGACUUUCGUAAACACUUCAAAAUGGAUUGAGGAGGUGCGCACUGAGAGGGGCAGUGAUGUUAUUAUAGUGCUUGUUGGGAACAAAACGGACCUUGUGGAGAAGAGGCAAGUCUCCGUAGAGGAAGGAGAAGCCAAAGCCCGUGAACUAAAUGUCAUGUUUAUCGAAACAAGUGCAAAAGCUGGAUUCAAUAUCAAGGCUCUAUUCCGAAAAAUUGCUGCAGCAUUGCCCGGAAUGGAAACUCUCUCUUCGACAAAGCAAGAAGACAUGGUUGAUGUCAACCUGAAGUCAACGGGCAGUGGUGCUGCACAAUCCCAGCCGCAGUCCGGUGGAUGCGCCUGCUAAUGAAGCUCGACAUGAGGAAUCGCUCGCUCUUUCUUGCCUUUUGUUUUCAACACCUCAAUCUUCUAGAACUGUGACAUUCAGGUACAAGGUGUGGUUAUAUCUAUCAAUGCCUGCUUGAGCAAUUCGUAAAAUGUAAUUGGUGGCAAGAGUAGACAGCUGUUAUUUUAUGGAGUAAUUUGAUGUAUUGGUGGAGUCAUUAUUUGGGUUUUGGGAUUUGGGAGACGUGUAAAAAUUAGAAAAUUUAUCUGUCGGACUCGAUUACAGAAUUUUGCUUGUCUUGUAAGUUGUAAUUCAUCUUUAGAAAUUCUGCAAAUUUCAUUUGCUUUUACAAUGA